AUGGAUCAUCCAAAAACAAAAACUACAGACAAUUAUACACGAAAACAAAUCAUUUCCAGUCAGCCAACCUACUUCAUAGUCCAUUCUACUGGACAAACACCUCUGUCAAAAUGUUCUCCUUUUCUGAUCCAGAAAUUGUUUGAAUCUACAGUUGGAAAUUUGAAAAAAAUACAAAAAUUGAGGUCAGGAGAUCUGCUUCUAGAAACGGCCUCACCUGAACAGUCUGCAAAACUUUUGGCAAUUAAGACAUUCGGAGAUAUAGAAGUAAUUGUCACCCCACAUGGAAGCUUAAACUCAUCUCGUGGUGUGAUAUCGGAGGUUGAUCUAAUGUCUGAAGAAGAGACAGAUAAUCAGAUUGGCCUGUCAGACCAAGGUGUGACUGCCGUUCAAUGCAUCUCCAUUCGUCGAGAUGGCAAGUUGAUCCCAACCAAACAUCUUAUCCUCACAUUUAACAAGCCGAUAUUACCAACUUCCAUUACUGCAGGAUACCUGCGCUGUCCAGUUUGUCCGUACAUUCCAAAUCCGCUGCGUUGUUUUAAAUGCCAGCGAUUUGGACAUUCUCAAACAUCCUGUCGAGGGAAGAACAUAUGUGCACAGUGUGGAGUUAAGGUCACCAGAGUACUGAGUGUACCACUACUCCAUGCUGUGUGA